UCCAGAAGACAGGCAGGGUGGUGGCCCCAGGGAGACUACAUCUCCCAGCUCGCUGCGCGCGUGCGUGGGCCGGCGCGCACUCCGCCUCGGCGCGAUGCACCCUGGGAGUUGCAGUUUUAUUUGCCCAAAGCGAACGCCAGGCCUCUCGGCGGCAAGGAGAAGCCACGUGAUCAGAAAAGGCAGGGUUUGCCUUUGAGCCGGAACAGAAAGGUUUCGCCCACCGAUUCCGACAGCGGAGCGGACCAAUCGGCUUCCCGGAGUGAGCCGUUGGCGUUUGAAGUCAGCCAAUGACAGGCCUGCACCGGAGCUUCCUCUCCGCCUCCUUCGCCCGGGCCGGAGAGUGUUCGGUGGGAAGCCAGGAGGCGGCUGCGGCGGCUGGAGAUUUGAGACGUUAUUCCAGAGGGGAGCCCAAGAUGACGGGUUCUAACGAGUUCAAGCUGAACCAGCCCCCCGAGGAUGGCAUCUCCUCGGUGAAGUUCAGCCCCAACACCUCCCAGUUCCUGCUGGUCUCCUCCUGGGACACGUCCGUGCGCCUCUACGACGUGCCCGCCAACUCCAUGCGGCUCAAGUACCAGCACACGGGCGCCGUGCUGGACUGCGCCUUCUACGAUCCAACACAUGCCUGGAGUGGAGGGUUGGAUCAUCAGUUGAAAAUGCAUGAUUUGAAUACCGAUCAAGAAAAUCUUGUUGGAACCCAUGAUGCCCCUAUCAGAUGUGUUGAAUACUGUCCGGAAGUGAAUGUAAUGGUUACUGGAAGUUGGGAUCAAACAGUUAAAUUGUGGGAUCCCAGAACUCCUUGUAAUGCCGGAACCUUCUCUCAGCCUGAAAAGGUGUACACCCUCUCAGUGUCUGGAGACCGGCUGAUUGUGGGCACCGCAGGCCGCAGAGUGCUGGUGUGGGACUUACGGAACAUGGGCUAUGUGCAGCAGCGCAGGGAGUCCAGCCUGAAAUACCAGACUCGAUGCAUCCGGGCCUUCCCCAACAAGCAGGGUUAUGUAUUAAGUUCUAUUGAAGGCCGAGUGGCAGUUGAGUAUUUGGACCCCAGCCCUGAGGUGCAGAAGAAGAAGUAUGCCUUCAAAUGUCACAGACUGAAAGAAAAUCAUAUUGAGCAGAUUUACCCAGUCAAUGCUAUUUCUUUUCACAAUAUCCACAAUACAUUUGCCACAGGUGGUUCUGAUGGGUUUGUAAAUAUUUGGGAUCCAUUUAACAAGAAGCGACUGUGCCAAUUCCAUCGGUACCCCACUAGCAUCGCAUCGCUUGCCUUCAGUAAUGAUGGGACCAUGCUUGCAAUAGCAUCAUCAUAUAUGUAUGAAAUGGAUGACACGGAACAUCCUGAAGAUGGUAUCUUCAUUCGCCAAGUGACAGAUGCCGAAACAAAACCCAAGUCCACCUAAUCAUCUCGUGAAAGUGGUUUCUCUAUGGAAAGCUUUGUGUGCUUCCUACAAACACAUGCUUAUCCGAUCCCUAAGGGAUGUAUGACAGUCAUUGUGGACGUGUUAUUUAGUACGUGGAUUUCUCUGUUUUCUGUCUUACAAGAAAUUUGUCUGUGUACUCUUUACUACCUUGUUCAGGGUGGUGAGUCUGUCCCUGUGCGUAGUCUGAAGAAUUUCUUAUCCUACUCCCAGUUGCUGUCGUUGAGUGGUUUGAGCUCUUUUGUAGCAUAAUCUAAACCUGUUAUUUUCCUGCUGUCUAAUAAAUCAGAUCCCGAGCCCUCACGUUGGAUUUUUAAAAUAUUGGUAAUUAAUGUAAUUUGCUACAUAAAAAGGCUUUUGUAAAACAAACUCUUCAUCAGGGCAUGUGGAGGAUGACAUUUUACCUUGAAGUCCACUCUGCCUCAUUUAAUUAUGUAUGCUCUGAUGUAUGUUGGUGAUACAGUGGUGAAUAAAGUGAUCUGUUGGAAUUCAGCCAUUUCCUGCGUGCCCCCUCGGUGGAUCAGCAGGGCUUUGGAGCCAACUGCAGCUUCUCAGGACAGCCACAGACCUACUGUGGCAGCCUCUGGGUGCCUUUUGGCAUGAUGCUCUCCUAGCGGUGCCAGUUUCCUAGAGCUCAUGGUAGCUCUUACGUCCCUGUGCUGAUGAAAUCAUCUUCAUGCAGAGAGCCAAAUGACAGGCCCUUCUGGACUUAUCCAUCAAAUGCUAAAUCAGAGUGAAGCCCUUGGGAUGGUAAAUAAUGUAAUAGCCAGGGAUGAACUGAUGAUAUUGGUUCUUUGUUGUGAUUAUGUGCUUUUAAAAGUCAUAACCACGUGGUUUGAGAACAGCAUAAAUUUGUUGUAUAACAAAGAUGAUUAGUAUGGUACUGUUGAAGGUGACCAAAUUAAAGCUAUGUUGUGGACCUG